CACACUCUGCGUCCUCGCUUCACCAGGAAACUGCUAAAGUUCCUGGGGAAGCAAAGUAGAAUUUUUCAUAAGAACAAAAUGGAUGGAGAGGAGAAAACCUAUGGUGGCUGUGAAGGACCCGAUGCCAUGUAUGUCAAAUUGAUAUCAUCUGAUGGCCAUGAAUUUAUUGUAAAAAGAGAACAUGCAUUAACAUCAGGCACAAUAAAAGCCAUGUUGAGUGGCCCAGGUCAAUUUGCUGAGAACGAAUCCAAUGAGGUCAAUUUUAGAGAGAUACCUUCACAUGUGCUAUCAAAAGUAUGCAUGUAUUUUAUGUACAAGGUUCGCUACACUAACAGCUCCACUGAGAUUCCUGAAUUCCCAAUUGCACCUGAAAUUGCACUAGAACUGCUGAUGGCUGCGAACUUCCUAGAUUGUUAAAUAAAGUAAAUUAUAAUAAACUGUUAACUCUUUUCAGUAUUUAAUACCUGUAGAUCAGUUAGUAAUUUUUUCUUAUAUAGCAUGUUGCCUGUAUGCAGUUGAACUGUAUAAAGUUCAGUGCAAAGCCGAUUAUCUUCUGUUUUUUGCAUAGCAAUCAAAGUUGGAAUUCGUUUGCUACAUCAACAAAUUAAGGACAUUUUCACAAACUGAGAAAUAAACAAAUAUGCCAAUU